AUGAGUUACUACGACGAGGAAGCAGCCCGGCUGCCCCAUGCCGAGGAGGGUCACGAAAUGGAGAGCCUGCUCUCACACCAGGAUUCCCACUUUAGCCACGAUGGACGUCGUGAUGAAGAUCACCAGAGCGGGGAAGACGUUUAUUUCUACUCUUUAAAGAAGAUAUUGUGCCAAACCCCAACCCCAGUCACUGUGGGCUUCUGUUCAUCAUACAAAGCACGCCUUCGCACCCUACUGGACAAGAUUCAAGGUAACAUGAGCAACAAAUCCAUCCAAAAGGAAGAAAAAGAAUUCAGCAGCACUUGCCAGACGUCCCGAGCCCCCAAAGGAAUAAACUACCUGAUCCUUCUCUGGCACAUCAUCUUCUACCAACCAGUCAUCACCGAGAAGCACCGCGAAAGAAAAAACUUCGACUUCCUCUUCAUACAAUUCAGCGCCUGGGAGUAUGCAUGCAGCAAACAGUUGUGGGCUGGGUUGAUCACCACCCUGUGUGACAAUAUCCGCAAGCACUUCGGUCCUCUUCCCCUGAGUUUCUACCAAGUAGUAGGAAGCAGUCCACACCGCGACUCAGGAGACACCCAAGAAGAGUGGAGGCUUAAAAAGAAAACAUGCUGGAUGGCAGUAGGAUUCCUGCUGAUUGUCGUCCUAACUGUCGCAGGCCUGCCUGCUGUCUUCUUCCUUGUGCCAGAGAUAAGGGAUGGCACAUACUUGAAGUACCUUGGUAGCAGCAUGGCUGCCAUUUUGGGCUCAGGGUUCAUCAUAGCCAUCGCUCCUGUCAUCAAGAACUUGAUCAUCACCCAGAAGAAGAAGAUCGAGAGCAUGACCAGCGAUGAGAAGUUCACCAAACAUUUGGGUUUCAGGAGUGCAGUGAAGAGAGAGAUUGAGGUCCUCACCAACUUUAUACGCUACAUGGAGAUCUUUGAGCGUCGGCCCUUGAAGAUUGUCUUUGAGAUCACAUCUUUAGAUAUAUGCUACCCUGAACAGGUGGUCGGGGUGUUGAAUGCCAUCCACACGCUCCUUUCCAAUAAGGAUUCUCCCUUCAUCUUCAUCCUGGUGGUUGAUCCCUGCAUCAUCGUUUCUUGCUUGGAGAAUGCUGAGAGCAUGAAGGGAAUGGCGGACAACGGCUACCUGUACCUCAAUCGUAUAAUGACCCUUCCGUUCUCCAUACCAGAAAUAGCCAUCGAGUCCAAGAGGAAGAGUUUGCAGGACACCUUGACGAAACUGGAAGUUCUGAUCA